AUGCCAGGAAAUUACCGGCGACGAGACAUGUACGCCGCCAUAGGAUUCAAGUAUGCACAGACCGCUGCAGGGAUGAUGCGACAUGCAGUGGCACAAGCCAGCCGUGACAACGGCGCCGUGUGUCAUCUUUCCUCAGUUCUUAUGAUGAUCAGCUCUUAUGCCGAGGGCUCCCUUAAAGAGCUUGUACGGGGAAAGGAUGAGCCACCAAGCAUGUUGAGCGACCUCCUCGUUACUUGGAGGCUUACGAGGGGCGUGAGAGCUAUUGCAGAUGCUUUUGGCGUUGUACGACCAGAGCGUCCUGAGCUCAUACUAUAUGUCACAGAGGCUGAACCACCAGACCAUGGGCCUCUCGACCCAGUCCUGGAUUUGCUUGACUCUUUGACAUUCUUGGACCAAGAAGCAGACCCAGCUAUUAGAAAGGUCUGUCAAGAAGCUCUGGAUCUGAUGAAGUGGUUGGUGAGAAAAGCGCAGACAUCGGAGUGGUGCCCUGCACACAGAGCGUCGUUACAGUGGGCAUGCCUUGUUGGCAAGGACUUUAUAAAACUAGUUGAGAACUACGAACCUGCAGCUCUUGUGUUAUUUUCGUAUGGUUGCUUCUUAGCGAAUGGUUCUAAUGAUGAGACGUUCAUAAUGACAGGAUGGAAAGAAGGUGUCUGCGCUGAGAUUAGAAGUAUUAUUAGUCUGAAAUGGGCCUGGGCGAUAUUUAGCUAG